UAUCCCUUACCCAAGCAGUCUGGUAUCUACCAAUAACUAUGUAUAUAUAGGGAUGAGCAACCAGCAAGUGUCCAAGCUGCUUACAAUAAUGAAAUCUUUGGUACUGUUGUUGCAAAACAUACAAGAUUCCGAAACUUCUCAAGGGGCAAAUAUUAUGUUUUUUAGUGCAUCUUUUUUAUAAAUAGAUGAAGAAGGGAAGUCAUGUUUUCAAGUGUUUUUUUUUUUAUAAAUAGAUGAAGAAGGGAAGCCUGUAGGACUUUAUGCUUGAUUUUGUAAUUAAUUAAAACUGAGUAAUAUGUAAUAUGGUUGUUUGUGUAUACUUGGGGAAAUUUAUGAUAUUUAACAAUUCAAAAAAUGAUAAACUUCAGUAUUCAGCAAUCCACAACAAAAGAGCAUAUAAUUAAUUGAUGAUUCCAUUGACUCAACAAAUCCUCACUUGUGACCCAGAGAGUUGACGAUCCUAGCCGAUUCGGGCCACUAGCAAUGUGGAUCGGCGAGUUCGCCACAAGAGUCAAAAAGAAGAUGCAGCCAUCCACCACACCCUACGCACACGGCUACGAUAAGGCGUUUGACAUAUGCUCAAUUUAUCUUAAUAUGACAUAUGACGAAAGAGGAGAAAGAAAGAAAAGAGGUUUGAUUAGUGGAGAGACGCAAAUGGGGAUGAAGUGAUAUGGAAGACUACAAAGUGAGUUAUGUUGCAGGCACCAAAGGGCAUGACAUAGCUAGGGCAUGACAUAGCUGGUUGGGCAGGCAGUCGCAGGGAAAGUUGGUUUGAUUUUCAUAGGUGCUACUUCCCAGAUUAUAAAUGGUGGAAUCAAACACUCUAGAUUAUGAGUGUAUUGUACCCCGCCCAGGUACUACUGACAUAGGACUUGGAAGAAGGGGAAGUCUUCGAGCAUCUCUUAUGGGUGUUGGGUUGUUAAACUCUGUGCCACCUGGACCAAGCUUUCGAAGACAAUAAAGAUUGAUGUCAUGCCCCAUUUCAUUAAAUACCAGGUCCAAUUAAGAAUUGGGUCAACUAAAAUUAGGGCUGCACAACGAGUUGAGUCAACUCGGGCUCGACUCGAACUCGCCCGGAAAAGCUCGACUCGAACUCGACUCAUUUAUAAAUGAGUCGAGUUCGAGCUCACCCAUUAAGCUCGAAACGCUACACGAGUCGAGUUCGAGUUGCACGAACUCGACUCGUAUAAACUUGACUCGACUCGUACAAACUGGUUCAUGAAACUGGUUCACCGGUUUAGGGUUAAAAGUAAAAACGAAACGUCGAAAGCCUUUCUCUCUAUUCUCGAUUUCUCCUCUUCCAUCGACCGCAAAAUGUCUUCCCUCUUCCGUUUCCGUCGACCACGACCAUGUCUUCCCUCUUCCGUCAACCACGACCGUCGACCACCAGACCAGACGAGGUCACGAGAGAAGCACCCUUGUGAUUCGACCAUGUUCCAUCUAGAAGGGGAAGGCCGAUGGGGUGAAGCCGCGAAGCGCAGCAGCCGGCAGGGCGGCGGGCGGCAGCGCCUGAGUCUCGCUUGCGUGGUCAGUGAUUUCCCCCCUUCUUCAAGCGCCUGGGUCUCCUUUGCGUGGUUGGUGAUUUCUCCCUUCUUCAAGCACCUGGGUCUCGUUUGCGUGGUCAGUGACGCGCGACCUUUGUGCCGGACUCCCCGAACUUGACCUGAACAAUGCACACAAAACCUAAGAAGAGAACUGCUUUAGAGGAUGGGGAUGGUGGAGAUGACAUGGGUUUGGCAACCACCGUUGCAAAUGGGGAUGAUCUAGGUCCAAUUGUGAGGCAUGCAUUUGAAAUUGGGAAGCCUGAAAAUCUCUUGCAUCAGCUUAAGAAUGUGGUUAAGAAGAAGGAGAUCGAGAUUGAGGAACUCUGUAGGCUGCACUAUGAGGACUUCAUACGUGCAGUGGAUGAGCUUCGUGGAGUGCUUGUAGAUGCAGAUGAACUCAAAAAUGGGUUAAUGAGCGAGAAUUUUAGGCUUCAAGAGACCUCAACCUCUCUUCUCUUAAAGCUUGAGGAGCUGCUUGAAUCUUACUCCAUAAAAACUAAUGUCACAAAUGCAAUCAAGAUGUCCAAGACAUGCUUGCAGGUUCUACGACUUUGUGCAAAAUGUAACCAUGACAUCUCAAAUGAUCGUUUCUAUCCUGCUCUUAAAACUCUGGAUCAGAUAGAGAAAAACUAUCUACAGAAGAUCCCUGUGAAAGCUCUUUAUCGAGUGAUCGAGAGGCAACUCCCUGUGGUCAAAUCCCACAUAGAGAAGAAGGUAAUCAAUGAAUUCAAUGAUUGGCUUGUUAUGAUUAGGAGCGCAGCCAAGGAUAUUGGGCAGCAAGCAAUUAGGCAAACAAUAUCAGCUCGACAGAGAGAGGUGGAUUUACAUUCUCGGCAGCGUGAGGUAGAAGAGCAAAGCCGUUCAGGGCUAGGAGAGUCUGAGUAUGUCCUCGACGUAGAGGACACAGAUGAAGAUGUUGAUUUGAAAUUUGAUCUCACACCUGUAUAUCGAGCUUAUCAUAUUCAUACAUGCAUUGGCCUUGAAGCUCAAUUCCAGGAUUAUUACUACAAAAAUCGAUUGAUGCAACUCAAUUUGGAUAUGCAAAUCUCACCAGCACAACCUUUCCUCGAAUCCCACCAGACCUUUUUUGCUCAGGCAGCUGGCUACUUCAUUAUUGAAGAUAGAGUCUUGAGGACUGCAGGAAGCUUGCUCUCUGCUGAUCAAGUAGAAGCUGUUUGGGAUUCCACCGUUUCAAAGAUAGCUUCUAUGGUAGAGGAACACUUCUCCCAUAUGGACUCAGCCAAUGAUCUCUUGGUAAUCAAGGACAAUGUCACUCUCCUUGCUGCAACUCUGAAAAGAUUUGGGUACCCUGUCAGUAGUUUGCUUGAGGUAUUGAGUAACAGUAGAGACAAAUAUCAUGAUCUUCUUCUUGAAGAGUGCCGAAAGCAGAUAAAUGAGAUCCUUGCACGGGACACAUAUGAGCAAAUGGUGAUGAAGAAGGAGUACGAAUACAACAUGAAUGUGUUGGCUUUCCAACUUCAAACCUCAGAUAUAAUGCCUGCUUUUCCAUAUAUUGCACCCUUUUCUGCAACUGUUCCGGAUUGUUGCCGUGUAGUGAGAUCAUUUGUCGAAAGUUCUGUAAGCUACUCAUCGUAUGGAUGCCAUACGGACUUCUAUGAUGUAGUAAAAAGAUAUUUAGACAAACUGUUGAUUGAUGUCCUAAAUGAAGCAUUGCUGAAGAUCAUAGAUGGUUGCACCUCAAGUGUGUCUCAGGCAAUGCAAAUUGCAGCGAACUUGAAGAUUUUGGAGAAUGCAUGUGACCUUUUCGUUAGGCAAGCUGCCCAACUAUGUGGACUUCCUAUGCGCAUAGCGGAGAAGCCUCAUGCCGCUUUAACAGCCAGGGCAGUUCUCAGGACGUCACAGGAUGCUGCCUAUGAGACAUUGUUAAGGUUGGUAAAUUCUAAACUUGAUGAGUUUAUGAGUCUUACAGAGAACAUCAGUUGGACCUCUGACGAAGUUCAUCAGAAUGAAUACAUAAAUGAGGUUACCAUUUACCUAGACACGUUGCUUUCAACAGCCCAACAAAUUUUGCCAGCAGGAGCAUUAUAUAAGGUUGGCACUGGUGCUUUGAAGCACAUCUCUGAUUCUGUAGUGGGAGCAUUUCUCAGUGAUAGUGUGAAGAGGUUCAAUCUAAAUGCAGUCAUGAGCAUUGACAAAGAUUUGAAGGUACUGGAAGCUUUUGCAGAUGAGAGAUUUGAGAGCUGUGGCUUGAGCGAGCUAAACCCAGAGGGCAGCUUAAAGGAUUGCUUGAUUGAAGCACGGCAAUUGCUGAACCUUUUACUCAGCAACCAACCAGAGAACUUUAUGAAUCCAGUCAUUCGAGAGAGAAGCUACAACUAUUUAGAUCACAAAAGGGUGGCAGCUGUCUGCGAGAAGUUCAAGGAUACACCGGAUAGGCUUUUCGGGAGCUUAGGAAGCCGAGCUUCCAAGCAGGAUGCCCGUAAGAAGUCAAUGGACACAUUGAGGAAACGGCUGAAAGAUUUGGGCUAACGACUCCUCUAUUACCGAACGAUGUGUGCUCUCUGCAACUUCCUUCUAACUCUUGCUUUUUUCUAUGACUCGGAUCUCAACGUCGAAUAUGUCAUACUUCUUUCAUGGAUGGGAAAGUGGAAUUCAAGGAUCCACUUUAUUGGUGUGCCUACUAGGGUAUACAAGUAAUGCCUGCUUGAAAGGAUGACGUGCUAAUGUAAGUUAUUUUUCAAUAACCAUCAUCAAGAGUAUUGUCAUCCUAAUGCCUACUAAAAGAGCCAAAGUUUACACCCUUUCUCGAUAUUUAAGGUUCCAUCUAUGUUUUGGGUGUUUUGGGUGUUUGAGGGUGAUGUCUCUAUUAUGUUUUAACUUAUUUAUCGGUGCCCACUCUUUUGUAUCAUAAGAAGUUGACAUGUUACUAGC